CGGAAGUUCCGGAAAUACUGAUGUAAACAAUCCUGCAACAAACGUUUAUAUUUAUCCAUGACACACGUGUAUCUAGAUCUGGAUAUUGAUCCAAUUAAAGAUUGUUUUAAAAUCUGUGGACUUUAAAGUCUAAAUCUAAGUAAAUUCAUUUAAAAGUUAAGUUCAACUGGGUAUACCUUCAACUGAAAUGGAAGAGAUUAAAAAUGACCCUAGGUUUGCACAUAUUGCAACAGACCCGAUUUUCAGAUCAAUGCCCAAAACAAAACGAAAGAUUAAAAUUGAUUCCCGAUUCCAUUCAUUGUUUACAAAUUCAGACUUCAGUAUUAAAACAGAUAAGCCUAUUGACAAACGUGGGAGACCUGUGCUUGAUUGGGCCAAGAAAAGUAAAAAUGCAAUGGAAAGAUUUUAUCACUGUGAUUCAGAUAGUGAUGAUGACCAUGAAGAUGAGCCAGAGGAACAACUGGAAGAAACAUGUAAGACAGACAAGAUUAAAACUGAAGUUAAGAAAAAGUCAAAGAAAGAUAGAGCUGCUAAAAGGGAAGAAAAUUCACUAAAGAAUAAAAAAAGAGAGGAAGCAUUGCCAUCAAAGUCAGUUUUAAAGAACAAAACCAAAAAGAAAAGUGUAAAAGAUGAAAAACAUAUAUCCGAAGAUGACCUGAGUGAGGAAGAAAACAAUCCUGAAUCUACGGAAAAAGAAACCAAUGGUAUCAAUGGAGAUGCUGACAAAGAUAGUGAAACAGGUGAUGAUAGUGGAACAGGCGAAGAUAGUGAAACAGACAGUGAUGACAGUGAUGAUGACUCUGAGCUACCUGAAUUCACAGAGGAAUUUGCCCUGCAGGAAACAGAAAUUGACCACAAGUGGAAUGAGCAGUUUACAGAUGCUCCUGAUGUGACCCAGUCCACACACAGAUUAGCUGUGUGUAACAUGGACUGGGACUUCGUCCAUGCUAAGGAUUUGUAUUUACUUUUCAAAUCUUUUGCCCCUAAAGAUGGACAAGUCAAAAAGGUGACCAUUUACCCCUCAGAGUUUGGCAAAGAAAGAAUGGCAGAGGAGUCUAUGCUGGGGCCAAAGGAAAUCAGAGAAGGUGUAAAAAUGGAUACUGAGAGUGAUGAUGAUGAUAACAAAGGGGGGAAGAAGCAAAAGAAAAUUAAAGACCAGCAAAAGUUGAAGCAGUAUGCCAGGAAAAAGAAGGCAGCUCAAACUGAGAAGCUAAGAGAAUAUCAGUUAAACAGACUUCGAUACUAUUACGCUGUGGUCGAAUGCGACUCUGUGAGGACUGCAGAUACUAUCUAUAGUGAAUGUGAUGGUAGGGAGUAUCAGCUUAGCUCUGUCAGGCUUGAUUUACGGUUUAUUCCAGAUGACAUGACCUUUGACGAUGAGUCUAGAGAGAGUUUUUCUGAAGAGGAGAGCAUUGUUGGAUAUCAACCAGCCAAGUUCAACACCACCGCGCUCUCUCAGGCCAAGGUCGAUGUGACCUGGGAUGAAACGGAAUUCGAUAGACUAAGUCGCCACAUAAGCAGCUUGCCGCAAAAAGAUUUAGAGAGUAUUGUAGAAGAGAACAAGUAUGCAGAUAUAAUAGCUCCACCUGACAGUGAUUCGGAAGAAGAUGACGAUGACCAAAGACCAGCUUGGCUCAAGGCAGCACUUGCUAACACUGAAGACAAAGAAAAAGAAUUGACAGAGGAGGAAAAAAUCCAGCUCUAUCGUAAAGUACUUAUGGACGCUCUUGCAGACGACGAAGAGGAAAAGAAAAAAGAGGAGGGUGAGACAGACAAAGAAAUAGAAUGGCAGCCUGGCCUGAAGGACAAAGUGCAGAAGAAGAUAAACAAAAAAGAAAAAAAGGUGGACAAUGCAAUUGUGAGUGAGUUCCUGGAAAAGAAAAAGGAGAAGAAGAAGAAGAAAAAAGAGAAGCUGAAGAAGAAAUCAGUCAACGGUGAAGAGCCGCAUGCCUUCAGUGAUGAUGAGUUGCCUGAUCUAGAGGGCAUUGACUCCUUGAAAGAACUCAUGGAGGGUGAAAAAGUUUCAGUUAAAAGUAAGAAAAACAAAAAGAAGAAGCCGAAGGAUGAAGUAGUUGAUGAGGCUGGGGAGAAGGCCAAGGCAGAGCUAGAGCUGAUGCUUAUGGAUGAUGGGACCAGUGAAAAGAAGCUCUCUAAGCCGGAGCUUGUCAAAGACUCAAAGAAGAAGAAGAAGAAAAAGGCUAAAGCCCUGAAACGUAAGAAUGCAGAGGAUGACCAGGUAGAGGAUUUUAAACUGAAUGUGGAGGAUCCCAGGUUCAGUGCCCUGUACACAUCUCACCUGUUCCACAUUGACCCCACAGCACCCCAGUUCAAGAAGACCAAGAACAUGAUGAAGCUUGUUGACGAACAGAUCAAAAGAAAAAAACCCAAGCUGUCCGACACUGAGACAAACAGAAAUUUCAAAAAGACUGAAACGUAUCAGGAUGUUGUAGAAAGUUUGAAACGUAAAAUGAAAAGUUGAUUGGGACAAAAGACUAUACAUGUAUAAUGUUACUGGUAUAUUGUUUAACUUAUGUCUUUUAAGUACUUUGCUAUAAUGCCAUGAACUUCAAUGAAUGCUCUAUUUAAAAAAAAAAAUAAAAAAUUUUCUUUUUUGUUUGAAAUGUACAGUAUGAAAUUUUUUUUUAGUCUUUGCUAUUGUCAUGGUUUUGAAUGACAUUUAUCAAACCUUUGGAAAUACAGAAUUCAUUGUUACACAUAUAAUUCCUGCAGACAAAAAUGUGCAUUUUGAAACCUGGUUAAUACCGGUAUAUUGUUUGUGAAAAAUUAUCUCUCAUAGGAUUAACAUUUACCCACUUCACCUGUCCCUUAGUCUGUUAAACUUUUGGGACACCAUACAUGAUUUGUCACAGUCUUUCUCCAUUGCUCACUUCAAGGAGGCAUGCUUAUUUUGUUUGUCAUAUGAUUGAGCUUAUAUGAAGUACCCGGUAGUGCAGUGUUUCCCAAUUUUUUGACAUGUGUGUACCCCUUCUAUACUUUUCUUAACUAUGAGUAUCCCUCGCCCCCCCCCCCCCCCAAUUAAAAUAUAUGAUUGCCCGACCCUCUCUGGCUCUCUUACAUUAAAGUAUUGAAUCAGUGGGUAUAGUUUGGGUUCUUGUUUACACAUUUGCACACAUAGUUAAAAAUACAGGUAGUAAUGUCUUAUUCAUUUCAAGAUUGUUGUAGAAAUUAUUCUUCUAACAUUCUUAAUAAUAAAAAUGUUAAUUAAAACAUAUUUAUUACCGUAUUAAUUGUAAUUUAUUAACUGGGCAUAAUAAAUGGGUAUUUAAAAAAGUUAGAUGCAUUACGUACCCUCCUUCAAACUCUUCCCAUCAUACCUCACUUUGAGAAACACUGAAGUAGUGUGUGAGUGUACCCAAGAGUUGCACCCUUUGCUGUACAUGUCCAUUGGUCAAAUGAUGUAACUCAGUGUGGGUGUGAAGUUUCAACUAGAGGAAUUAUGUGAAAGAGAAGGAUGACUGCCCAUGGCUGAUGUGUACUGGAUAUUUUUUGUUGUAUAAAUCAUUACUAAAGAUUAUAAUGAUUAAUUACCAAUAGUUUUUAAAUUAUGUUUGUGGUCAAAUGGAAUACAAUUUACUUUAAGCAGCACAA